AUGGAAGAAAUUGAAACACAUGUCGACCAGGAUAGGCAAAUGUCUGACGUUGAGGAGAUUUCUCCCAAUGUAACAGAUUUUGAAGCUUUCGCGAAUAAAAUUAUGCCUAACCUCGGUUAUGACGUUGAAGACUUCAAAUGGCAUACUUGGCAUGUGACUGGGUGGAAAUCACUCGAUAAGAGAAUAACGGGACCUGAAUUUGAAGCUGGAGGGUGGAAAUGGCGUAUUCUAUUGUUUCCAUUUGGCAAUAAUAAUACUGAAACUGUAUCAAUAUAUCUCGACUUCGCUGAUCCUAAAGAUGCACAACCGGGUUGGCAUGCAUGUGUGCAAUUUGCUUUGGUGUUAUGGAACCCCGAAGAUCCAACACAUCAAAUUCAUCACAAUGCUCAGCACAGGUUUACCACGGAGGAAUCAGAUUGGGGGUUCACGCGUUUCUAUGAGUUACGCAAGCUUUUUGCUCCUUGCGAUAGGCGAACGCGUCCUCUGAUCGAAGGUGAAGCGGCAAAUAUAACUGCCUUUGUGCGAGUUUUGAAGGACCCGACAGGCGUACUGUGGCACAAUUUUAUCAAUUACGAUUCGAAGAAAGAAACUGGUUACGUUGGGUUAAAAAAUCAAGGCGCUACUUGUUAUAUGAACUCUUUGUUACAGUCACUUUACUGUACUAAUUAUUUCCGAAAGGCCGUGUAUCAAAUCCCAACCGAAACUGACGAGCCCACCAAGAGCGUAGCGCUUGCUUUGCAGCGUGUUUUUUAUCAACUACAAACAUCAGACACUCCGAUCGGCACUACAGAACUUACAAAGUCGUUCGGCUGGGAUUCCUACGAAUCCUUCAUGCAGCAUGAUGUCCAAGAGUUUAAUCGAGUACUCCAAGAUAAUCUUGAGGGGAAAAUGAAGAAUACUAAAGCAGAUGGCGCCAUAAGUAAACUGUUCCUUGGGAGAAUGAGAAGCUAUGUAAAAUGUGUGCACGUUCCUUAUCAAUCAUCACGUGUAGAAGAUUAUUGUGAUAUACAGCUAAAUGUCAAGGGAUGCAAGACGUUGAGAGACUCGUUUAAAGAUUACGUUCAAGAAGAGACUCUUGAUGGUGAGAACAAAUACAAGGCUGAAGGAUAUGAUGAGUUACAAGAGGCGAAGAAAGGCGUUAUAUUUGACGAGUUUCCUCCAGUAUUACAUCUCCAAUUGAAACGGUUUGAAUACGAUAUACAAAAGGAUGCAAUGAUUAAGAUUAAUGAUCGGCAUGAAUUUCCGAUGGAAAUCGAUUUAGAGGAGUUUUUAUCCCCAGAGGCUGAUAGAUCACAGCCCCAUAAGUAUUUAUUGCAUGGUGUGCUAGUUCACAGUGGCGACUUGCAUGGUGGUCAUUACUUUGCUUUGCUGAAACCGGAAAAAGAUGGACGAUGGUUGAAAUUUGAUGAUGACAGAGUUACACCUGUUACCGAGAAAGAAGUAUUAGAAGACAAUUAUGGUGGAGAACACUCUGCCAUCAGUCCACCUGCCAACAUCAGACCGACAGGGAAGAUCGGAAAACGCUUUACGAAUGCAUAUAUGUUGGUAUAUAUUCGUGCAUCCGCUGUCGAUGAGAUAUUAGCACCUGUGUUAGAGUCUGAUAUACCUGAACAUCUACGUAAGCGUAAACGAUUUAUACACUGCGUGAUAUCAGACGAGUCCUUUAAAAAUCAUCAGGGAUUUGACCUAGCAAACUUUGAUGAGCGUCAUCCGUCAACCGAAGUAACACACUUGAAAGUACUUAAAACAGAACCCUAUCAAGCGUUCAAACAAAAACUUGCCGAGCAGCGUGAUAUUCCACCCGAAAGAAUGCGUUUGUGGGUACUUGUCAAUCGACAAAACAAAACCGUCCGUCCGGACACACCGGUACCUGAAACCUAUAAUAAUUUACCGAUGGGGGACGUUCAUACCAAAAUGGCAUCACGAUCAAAUGAAUUGAAGCUCUAUAUGGAAAUAGCUGACAAGCCAGCAAUUGACGGUCGGUCAUGGUUUCCUCCAACCGAAGGAAACGCUCUUAUGAUGGUGUUUUUGAAAUAUUUCGAUCCGGAUUCGCAAUCACUAGUAGGUUUGGGACACCACUACAUCCAAAAGUUCGGCAAGGUCGGGGAAAUAAGUGCAGUAUUGUGCGAGAAGGCAAAUUUACCGCCGAAUGCUCAACUUAAGAUCUAUGAGGAAAUCAAGCCGAAUAUGAUCGAAGAAAUGAAGCCUCGAGCUACAUUUCAGCAAUCUGAGAUUCAAGACGGAGACAUUAUUGUCUUCCAGAAAGUCUUGACGGAGAAAGACAUUCAGGAUCAUGUUAUGUCAAGUAGACUUCCCGAUAUACCACGUUUCUAUGAAUAUUUGGCUUCUCGAGUAGUCGUAAUGUUCAAACCAAGAUUUCCCGAUCGAGAUUCGAAGCCUCAAUUUGAACUUGUGCUGAAUAAAAAGAUGGCAUAUGAUACAGUUGCAGCUAAUGUUGCUAAAAAGCUUAAUACAGACCCAUUAAUGCUACGGUUUACGACGACGGCAUAUGCUGGCAAUACACCUAAGAAUAUCAUCCGGAGAAGCACCACUCAGAGUCUCCAGGAUAUGCUUCAGCCAGGCGGAUACUUGAAUCCUCCAUCCAAUACUUUGUAUUAUGAGAUGCUGGAUGUUAGCAUAAUUGAACUGGAAACGAAGAGAUUCCUGAAAGUAAUUUGGCUUGGAACAUCUGCAAAGGAAGAGUCAACAAUCGACGUUCGUCUGCCCAAAACGGCACACGUGAGCGAUAUAUUAGACUAUAUCUUGGAUAAAGUCAAGUUAUCAGCAGAAGACAAAAAGAUUCGGCUACUCGAAGUGAUGAGCUAUAAAAUUCAAAAAGAAUAUAAUGGAACAGAGUCAAUAUCAGCAAUACAAGAUAUUAUUACUUUAUACGCCGAGGAAAUACCUGACGAAGAGUUGAACACGGGCCCUGAGGAUAAAGUUGUACAUGCAUAUCACUUUACUAAAGAACCACUUCGUCCACAUGGAAUUCCAUUUAAAUUCGUUAUUAAAUCAGGAGAAGUCUUUUCUGAAACUAAAAAACGCCUUCAAGCACGUAUGGGGAUGAACGAGAGAGAUUUUGCAAAAGUGAAAGUCGCCAUUGUGCAACCGAUAUAUCUUAACAAGCCUCAUUAUGUGGAGUCUGAUGAUCAAAUUCUAUCUGACAUGAAAUGGGGACCGGAGGAUUUACUAGGACUUGAUCAUAUCGAUAAGACGGGACGUGCUGGUAGAACAGGUGCACCAGAAAAAGCCAUUUAUAUUAGAGGAUAA